AAAAAAUGGUGAAUUUGUGGUAACCUUAGUUUAGCUACAAUAACUUCUUAAUGUUUAUGUAUACAUUUUGUGCAACCAUUUCUCUUUUAACAGAUGAGAAGGACAAGGUGGAGAAGCAAAAAAAGAAAAAGAAGAGCAGGGUUGGCUCUUUUAUCAGAGCUGCCCUAAAAUGGUUUUGCUUCUCUCCAAGAAAUGAGCCGUUUCAACUUUCAUCCUCUGAUGACUACGAGAAUGAGGUCUAUCAGAAAAUGAUGGUGAAAGUGGAAGAAGAGAAGGAGAUGAUACAGAAGGAGGAGGUGGUGGAGAAGGUGGAGAAAGUGACAAAAGAAGAAGAUGAGAUUUUGGAGAAAGAGGAGGAGGUGGUGAUUGAACUGGAGGAGGGGAAGGAGAAAGAGAAAGAUAACACAAAUGAAGGGAAGCCAGAGGAGGAAGGGAAGCGAAAGAGAAAAAAGAAAAACAUUAGCAGCCGAUUGUCAGAGGAGGAGUUUUGGAGGAGGAGGAAAAUAGAGGAGGAGAGGGUGGAGGAGAAAGAGGAGGAGGUGGUGAUUGAACAGAAGGAGAUGGAGAAAGAGAACAUAAAUGAAGAGAAGCCAAAGGAUGAGGAGAACAUGGAAGAGGAGAAAGUGAAAAAGAAAAGGAGGAGGAGAAGGAGGCCAAGAAACUGCAGUGUGGAAGAGGAGGCGGUGAAAGAAAACAAAAGUGAGGAGGUGGAAAAGAACGAAGAGAAAGAGAUGAAUGACAUUGAAAUAGAGGAGAACAUGGAAGAGGAGAAAGUGAAAAAGAAAAGGAGGAGGAGGAGGAGGCCAAGAAACUGCAGUGUGGAAGAGGAGGCGGCGAAAGAAAAUGAAAGUGAGGAGGUGGAAAAGAACGCAGAGGAGAAAGAGAUGAAAGACAUUGAAAUAGAGGAGAACAUGGAAGAGGAGAAAGUGAAAAAGAAAAGGAGGAGGAGGAGGAGGCCAAGAAACUGCAGUGUGGAAGAGGAGGCGGUGAAAGAAAAUGAAAGUGAGGAGGUGGAAAAGAACGCAGAGGAGAAAGAGAUGAAAGACAUUGAAAUAGAGGAGAACAUGGAAGAGGAGAAAGUGAAAAAGAAAAGGAGGAGGAGGAGGAGGCCAAGAAACUGCAGUGUGGAAGAGGAGGCGGUGAAAGAAAAUGAAAGUGAGGAGGUGGAAAAGAACGCAGAGGAGAAAGAGAUGAAUGACAUUGAAAUAGAGGAGAACAUGGAAGAGGAGAAAGUGAAAAAGAAGAGGAGGAGGAGGAGGAGGCCAAGAAACUGCAGUGUGGAAGAGGAGGCGGCGAAAGAAAAUGAAAGUGAGGAGGUGGAAAAGAACGCAGAGGAGAAAGAGAUGAAAGACAUUGAAAUAGAGGAGAACAUGGAAGAGGAGAAAGUAAAAAAGAAAAGGAGGAGAAGGAGGAGGCCAAGAAACUGCAGUGUGGAAGAGGAGGCGGUGAAAGAAAACGAAAGUGAGGAGGUGGAAAAGAACGCAGAGGAGAAAGAGAUGAAAGACAUUGAAAUAGAGGAGAACAUGGAAGAAAUGAAAGAGAAAAAGAAAAGGAGAAGAAGGAGGAGGCCAAGAAACUGCAGUGUGGAAGAGGAGGCGGUGAAAGAAAACGAAAGUGAGGAGAUGGAAAAGAAUGGUCGAAGAUGGCCGAAGCUGCAUGAAGAGAGGGAAAGACAAUCAUAUGUUCAUGUUCAAUAAAGUUGUGUUGUACAAAAAAAAAAACAGUGUGUUGUGUUUAUCUGCUUAAUCGUCUGUUUCAAAAGUGUUGAAGUUUGUGUCUGGUGUUGUGUUGAUGAUUAUUCCCGUUUCAA